AUGUCUAGGCUCCUGGAAGGUGUAGGGCAGAAAGUUAGUUCAAGCUUAGACAGAGAGCAGAGGCGCCAAGCAGGGACAGGUAGUCGCGCUCCGGAGCGCUCAAGGGAGGUAAUAAGUGGGUCUGUGUCCGCCGGAUGGGGUGAGGAGACAAUACUAGAAGACUCCAGGCCAGCAGACAGCACAAAGCAGACCCGGCUGUUGGGAUCCGAGAGGACUGGCAGGACCUGGCGGGUUUCCGCUUCCCUCCAGAACAUUGGGUGAGGCAGUGAGGCCGGAGCUCGACAAAGAGCGCCGCUAUGUGGCCCCGCGACGCAGAUCCGGAGCCCGAUCCCGAGUCCGCGGACCGCCCCCAAAGUGGCAGGACAGUGCCCGGGCUCCGCGCCCUGCUGCCCGCGCGCGCCUUCCUCUGCUCGCUCAAAGGCCGCCUCCUGCUGGCCGAGUCGGGUCUUUCAUUCAUUACCUUCAUCUGCUAUGUGGUGGCCUCGGCAUCUGCCUUCCUUACGGUACCUCUGCUGGAGUUUCUGUUGGCUGUUUACUUCCUCUUUGCUGAUGCCAUGCAGCUGAAUGACAAAUGGCAAGGCCUGUGCUGGCCCAUGAUGGACUUCCUGCGCUGUGUCACUGCUGCCCUCAUCUACUUCGUCAUCUCCAUCACUGCUGUCGCCAAAUACUCAGACGGGGCUUACAAAGCAGCUGGAGUUUUUGGCUUUUUUGCCACAAUUGUGUUUGCAAUUGACUUCUACCUGAUCUUUAAUGAAGUGGCCAAAUUCCUCAAGCAAGGAGACUCUGUGAACGAGACCACAGCCCACAGGACAGAAGGAGAAGAUGAUUCCAACUCGGACUCGGACUCUGACUGAAGGCCUGUCUGCGCCUGGCAAUUGGAGCACUUAGGUCUCCCACCCAUACCGUCCCAAUGCGGCUACAGGAGCAUGGCAGUGGAUGCCCAUGGGAGAGCAGACCAAGGAGCCAGUCUCUCGAGAUUACGCUCCUGAGCCUCACACUCCAAACUGGCUGUGCUGGCUUCGACUGCUGAGCUAGCACAUGAGGGCACUUUGAAUAGCCUACGUUCUCCUGUUUCAGUCCUAAAGACCUUGAGCCUUUUAACCUCACUGCCCCACAGAAGCAGAUACAUCACAUGGAGCCAGUCAGUGCAGUUCAUGUGGCAGCACAGGGUGGGGCGGGACUGUCCUUCACUUACAGGGACAGACAGAAACCACAGCAGGUGACCCACCCAGCCCCAGUGGGCUCUGCAUGGAGUGCUCCUGUUCACACCUGCACUUUGUUGAGAUGACUUUCAGGAAGCUUUGUUCAAGGAGUCUCCCUCCUCACUGUGAAGCAGGGAGAAGCCUAACCAGCCAAGUCUUACAUUGUGGGUCUGAGACCUUUCCAGAAAAGAGCCCCAAGACCUGUUUUCCAGGGCCAGCGGACAGGGAGCCAACAGUGCAGAGGCAGUGACAAAGUCACAGUGGCUGGGCGGGCCCAGGCAAGUCCUCUCCUCCUGGGGUUGCUUCCUUUGGACACCUGGGCAGGUCCACUGGUGACAUGGGCCUUCUGUGUUCACUUGGGGGCUGACCCUGUGUAUGUCCACUGGUGACAUGGGCCUUCUGUGUUCACUUGGGGGCUGACCCUGUGUAUGUCUUUGAUGUUUUCUAACUUUUUUUGUAAUUUUUUUUUUAAUUCAAAAGUGAUGUAACAAAUGGCAUUUUCUGUGACCCAAGAGGCCCCAUGAAUGAGUCAGAGUUCUGGGCCCAUGUCUUGGGCAUUUGUAACCUUCCUACCUUGCAUGUGAAUCCCCUCCUUAAAAGAAUGCCACAAUGGAUUAAAACAAACUGACUACCUG